AUGUCUUGUUCCAUGUCACUUGAAGGAGGUCGUAGACAAAGUGAAUCCAGUGAGUCUACUCAUAGCUGCCACUCCAUCAACGAUAUUCUGGGACUCGUCAAAUCAAUUCCAGCAGCUUCGCCAGCCGAGUUUCACCGAUCGGAGCGGCCUGCCGCCCCCGAAGCCGAAGCCAUGGCGAUGACCACACCGGCCGUGGGUGCCAAGCGCAGUCGUAAACGCCGUGCACGGACGAACUACACCACGGAGCAGCUCGACGGUCUAGAGAAGCUGUUUACGGUCAACCGCUACCCUGGCAUCGAUGAGAGAGACACAUUGUCAGAUGAUAUCAAACUCAGUGAAGCACGUAUUCAGGUGUGGUUUCAGAACCGUCGUGCGAGGCGGCGUCGUGGAUGUAUUCCCGACGUUGACAGUACCUCAUCACCCAAGUCCUCCUCGCCUCAAACAACCCCACGACGACCCAACACCAAACCAGCUACUUCAUCACGUCCAGUCAGUUCCCCAGACUCCUUGCCGUCUACUUCUGAUGUUUCCCCUUCAUCAUCGCCUCCACAGUACCUCAAAGUCUGCACUCAAUCAUGCUGUGUCAAACCUCACUACAGCUCACCUCAUCAGAUGCAGUCUGGUACCCAGUACCUACCACAAUCUUCCUACAGCUACUACCCAUGGGCAGCCUACCAGGCAGCUGGUUACCCUCUGUUCUAUCACUACCCAGGAGCCAGUCCAUAUUUCUACGACCCUACUUUGCCUGUGUCUUCAGCUGGUGAGGCAGGACUCAGCUCCUCAAGUUGUUGA